GGAUGAUUAAGUACAUGUUGCAUGACUGGAUAAAAUAUCCUGGGUUGCUCGGCUUCGAUGGCGCUGGCGUGGUCGAAGAACUCGGCGAAGGUGUCACCCAUUUCAAGAAGGGAGACAAAAUAUUAUUUCCGGGAUCGGUACAGAAGGGACGCGGGACCUUCCAGCAGUACUCCCUUGUUACCGCCGAGUUCGCGGCGAAGAUACCCGACGACGUUAGCGUCGACGAGGCCGCAUCGAUUCCGCUCACGCUCGCGGUGCCUUGGAUGGGCUUCUUCGCGAAGAAGAAGGAGUCCGGCGUCGGCGGAGGCGCGGAGUUGACGCCAUUCUGGACUUCACCGCGCCCAUACCACGGUCACCCCAUCGUCGUCAUUGGAGGCGGUACUUCCGUCGGCCAGUUUGCCAUCCAACUCGCCAAGCUCUCCGGAUUCUCUCCGAUCAUAACCACUGCCUCCCUGAAGCACACGCCGUUCUUGACAUUCUUAGGUGCUACGCACGUCCUGUCCAGGGAUCUGCCCACCGAGGCUCUCGCCGUCGAGAUUGCCAAGAUCACCUCCACGCCGUUGAAGGUAGUGUUUGCCGCCGCUAUGUCCGCCGAGACGCAGACAAUGGGCUACGGCCUGCUUGCUCCGGGAGGCCAACUUUUAUCCGGACCGAAAGCGCCUGGUCUCGACUUGCCUCCUAAUCAAGAUGGCAAGAGUGUCGUGCAGAUUUUCGGAAGCGUUUACUUCCCUGGCCAAGAGGAUCUCGGGCGGGAGAUGUACUAUCGCUUGACACAGUUGCUCGCGGAUGGUUCCAUCAAGCCCAACCGAAUACAAGUCCUCCCCAAUGGUCUGCGCGGCAUCCCUGAAGGAUUGGAACAGCUGCGCGAGGGCAAGAUCAGCGGUACCAAGCUAAUCGCCCACCCUCAAGAGACAGCGUAACUCAUGAACCAGCUUCGAUUUACAUGAGAUCAGAGUAACAUAACACGAUAAUAAAAUGAAUUUAUG